AUGGCGAAAAGGUCUGCAGACACAAAGACCUCUCCAAAAGCCAAAGUUACGAAGACUGACCCGAAGGAGAGGCUUGAGCCCCUCUUCCAACUGGUUGACAAGGCUCAGCUGGGAGACACGUCAAAGUCAAUGCUGGUGAGCAUGGCUCCACAUUGUGUGGGCAACCCAACUCAUGAGUUCCAAGUAAAGUUCAAGGAGAUGCUUGACGGGGUUGUGACCAAAGUCGAUAUGGAGCAUGUAGAAGGUGUUGAAAGGGCCCAGGCUAGCCUGACGGAGAUUCAAGAACAGCUGGAAGUAGCCCAGAAAGCGGUAGCAACUGAAACCGAGGAGGUGACCGCAGCGCGUGCGGUUCGGACCCAAAAAGAAGAAGCUCUGAAUGCUGCACGGAAGGAGGUGGCGUCGGCUCAUGCCGCGGUUGCUACCGCCAAAAAUAAAGUUGAAAGCAUUGAGACCGAGCGCUCCGCCAUGGUGGCGGAGAAGGCUGAGUACGAAUCACUCCUCGGAGAUUGGGCUGUGCUCAAGGCUGGAACGAUCGACGGCAAGAAAUGGCGUGAGCGGGCGAAACUCAUUGCUUUUUCGCUGAAGAUGUUGGAGCCUGUUGGGCUGGAUGCCGCCCUUGAGAGCGCAUUGCCAGUGGCAUUCAAGACCAAACCAUCGGAGCGUGGCAGCUUUGCAGAGAAGGCCAUUGUUUAUGCAGAGGACCUUUUGCACAAGACCAUUGCAAAACUUGCAGAAAAGCUGAGUGGCUUUGAAGCAGAGGCGGCCGGACGGGCGCAAGUUCUGGUUGAUGCAGUCAGUGCUCAACAGGGCGCAUGUCAACAAGAGGAACAACGACAGGCUGAGUUCCUAGCAGCAGAUGCAGCGGUGAAAGAGAAGGAGGCCUCAUUGAAUCAUGAAAAGAAAGCGGAGAAGACGCUGGCUCCAAAAUUGAACAAAAGCAAAUCCGCCCUGGCGAUGGCAGAGGAGAGGCUAGUGCAGGUUCGCAGCCUGAUUGCGGAGUUCAAGCAGCUCAAUGAGGUCUUGCAACUGGGCCUUUUGGCAUGCGAGAUGCUGUGCACGCAGGACACCGGUUGCAGAGGUUUCGACUUCGAUACCUCGCGGAGCUACUGCAGAACUUGGAGUACUUGCCCUUCCAGAUCUGACCAAUAUGGGUGCCAGUGGACGGUCUAUGAUCGACCAGCAUGGCAGUACGAGACGUCGCCACCACCUGCACCGGAGGUUUCAACAUCACCGAACAAUACACAGCAGCAGGCGACUGCUGUGAGUGCAGCGCUGGGAAACUGGCAGCUUUCUUUUCCUAUCUUGUGGUGUGUUGGAAGCCUUGUUUUCACCUGCCAAUGA